CAAACCACGACCCCAAAGAAAUCUCUUCCCUCCUCUGUACCAAAUUCAAACAAUGGUGGAAGGUCGCAAAUGGAAUGGAAGAUUUCAGAUCCAGAUCGUGCGGUCACGGAAGGUCGCAGAUGGAGAGCUACAAUGGCGGACCCGCUUCGUCGGGGGUCAAUGGGAUGCAGGAUCUCAGGUGCUACAGCGCCUCCUACGCAACCUCUGUGCACUGCAGCAGCAGCAAACCCAGGCGGGAAACAACGGCGAGAUGAUCAGGAAGGGGAAGUUGGAGACGAAGAGCUGGAGCUUGAGUGAUCCAAAGAUGCGGAGGAAGAAGAGGGUGGCGAGCUAUAAGGUGUAUAUAGUGGAAGGGAAGCUCAAAGGGUCAUUACGGAAGAGCUUCUGGCAGAGAGGGUGUGCAAAGGAGAGAAGGGAGGGAGGGGGUCGGGUGAAGAGAGAAAGGACGAAGGGUUGGGUGGGCAAGAGAAAGGAUGGAGGGUUGGGUGGGAUCGGGGGGAUGGAGGGUUUGGGUGCGAUUGUCGGAGGGGGAGGGGGUCGAGGUGUGAGGUAG